AUGGGGAAGAAACGGCAAGUUAAGAAGGCCGAUGAGAGUACCGAUGAUGCUGGAACCGUGGUGAGAGGAAAUGACGUGCGUUUCGAGCUUUCAGACGAAAAUUCGGCUGGAUCAGCGAGGAGAAAAUCGAAAAGUAAGAAGAAACCAAAUGGCACAGUCCCUGAAGCUGAAGUCUACGAUAAUGAGACAGAAUACCCCAGCUCACGGAUUAUCAAACGAGCCCCAAACGGGGACGUUAUAGUGGAGUCUUUGGAGGAAACGGACCGCGCCAAAUCCACAAAAGAAGAUCCGGGCAUCUCUGCAAAAUUGGAUAUGCAUUGGGAAACGCUGAGUAAAGAAGAGAAGAAACGCAUGCUCCGGAUCGAGAAGCAAGAGGUGUUCGAGGUGAUCAAGACUUACCAAUCGAGCAACAACUGCAACUGCUCGGUUUGUGGUCGUCGUAACGUUGCAAUGGAACAGGAACUAGAGCAAAUAUACAACCGACUACAUGACAAUGCUAAAGAGACAAACUCGGACACAGAUUUCGUACUGUUCCACCUGAAUAUGAUCAAAGAGCUGCAACGGGCCAAUGCAAGUGCCACUUCGGUAGCCACGGGUGAAGAGCGGCUGAAUGCUGAUCGAUCCGACUCCCCUUCUCCACAAUAUCUCGAAGAUAUGCGGGACGAAGCUGUCAAGUACUGUCUGUCCAGUAAAGCUGUGGAGUCUUUGAAAGAAGAGGUUUUGCAGUUCAAGCACAACAAGCAGCGGCAACAGCAACUUCGUCGACAGCAACGAGAAGCAGAAAUACAUCCACCGUUUGCGGAAGAACGUGACAACGUGGCCACGAUACAGGAUGAGCAUCAAGUACCUUCACCGCUGCCGCAGCAACCACAGAAUUUACAGCCGAUGUCUCAACAAGAUCCGGAAUACUACCUAAACUCUUUUGAAGGGGCUUCGAUGUCCAACGAGACCCCAGCCCAACUCCGAGAAAAAGAAAUAGAACUUCGUCAACUUAUGCAGCAACGGCAGCCUUUGAACCCGGCCACACUAUCCUCACAAAGAGAUUUGCAAGGUUCUGAUUCGCAAAAUGUGCUUUUGGGACAGCUUGUUCAACGCAUGCCGAAAGUUCCCUCUGUAGAUGAUCAGGAACCGCCCACGAAUGAAGAACUCAAAGAUCGGUACAUGAAUUUUGCGAAAACUUUCAUUUCAUCCCACCCUAAGAUAGCACACGAGUACGUCAACAGAAUGAUGAUGUAUCCCGACUUGAGAGCCUUGACGGAAGAUUUGAUGUACAAUAAUGGUCAAAAUUUCAUCAAAGCAAUGGAGGAUUACGUUGUUCAAAAGGGAAACGACUACCGGGAAGAACAGCAGCCUGAAGAGGUGCAAGAUCCCACGCAAACGCCAGCUGAAAGAGUACCAUUGACGCCGGAGCAGUACGCCAAUGUUCAGAGACACAUCGCUGCCGGAAUGACGGCUUCUUUCGAAAGCCAAGCUAGGGAACUGCAAAUAGCUGCUGAGCGCGAUGGGAAGAGUCUUUUUGAGCAAUUUUUAGCCGGCGAAGACCCUAUAAGCCUGUUACUGAAAUCACUCCCAAAGAACAAUGGCGUUCAGGGGGAACAAAUGAUGGCAACCCGUGAGGUUCAAGAAGAGAUUGAUUACGACGACGAAGAGGAAUACGAUGAGGAAGAGUAUUCGGACUAUGAAGAUGAAGAAGAAUCAGAGUACGAGGAAGAAACCUAUGAAGAAAAUGAAAUUGAUGAAGAAGAAUAUUUACACCAUCAUCACACACAGCACCCACACCACCAUGAGCAUCAAUUGGAUCUUGGUGAAGAGGAGAUUAGUACUGCUGGAAACGAAGAUGAAUAUGACAGUGGUAUCGACGAACAAGAACGUUUGGAGGAAGGUAGAAGACUAAUUCAGAUCGCAAUCACAAAACUCCUUCAGAAGAAACUGGUCAAUUCCUACCACGAAAAACAAGCUGAAAACAACCGCCUGAGGUUGCUACAAGAACUCGAAGCCGAGGAAGUGAAAAAGCGUGAGAAAGAAGAGAAAAAGCAGCGCAAGCGCGAGAAGGAAAAGGAAAAGAAAAGAGCGCAGCAAGUUGCAAAGGAGCAGGAGAAGAAACGUAAAGAAGACGAAGAAAUACGAGUGAAGCAGGAAGCCGAAGAGCGUGAAAUGCAACGAAGGGAAGCUCAAAGGCAAAGAGUAGAGGAAACCAAGCGCAAGAAGGACGAAGAAAAAAGACGAAAACUAGAGGACCAAAGACGCAAGGAAGAAGAACAACAGCGACAAAAGAAGGCCAAGGAAGAACAAAAAAGGAAAAGAGAAGAGGAGAAGCGUUUGAAGGAAGAAGCCAAGCGUCAAAAAGAAGAAGAGUUGAAAGCACAAAAGGAGGUCAAGCGACUAGAACAAGAACGUAAGAAGCAGCUGGGCGAUGCUGCCUCUACAGCUCAAGAAUUGCAGAAAAGGAGAGCAUCGGAGACACCAUCUCAGCGCCGCUUAAGCACUCCCCCUGAGGCGGUGCCUUACGGAGUCCCUCAAUCCUCUGCAAAUAAUGACGAUCUCUUCCACAUGAUUAACGAAGCUGCAUCCAAAUCUUUAUCCACAUCUUCUUCUCAUCUUCAGACCCUUCUUCAACCCCAGGUCUCGCGAACAACCAUGCAACAGCCGCCAACAACAGGCAUCUCUGUCAACAGCAUGGGACUAAAUCCAAACUGGCAAACGUCAGAGGCAUUUUCUAAUGCCUCUUAUGAUUCUUUGGCCUCGGGUGCGAAGUCCUUGGAUAACACUUGGGGCAAUAUGAGUGGUCUUUUCCAGACGUCGCCCAGAAAGGUGCAGCCUCAUGAAUUGGAUAAUCAAAACGCAAUAUCUUCCCAGCAACAUAUACCUCAGUACCCUCAAUUCGGUGAAGGUAUAGAAGACCGCAAGAAAUCCUUCAAUGACGAGCUCGACAGCUUGACGAACUUCUUGUCGUCGACAUCCCUGGCAGGAAAUCAAACGUCCUCAGCAGGCUUCCAAAUACCAGAGAAGCUGUGGUCUGGAGUGGACCAAAGCUCUCAUUCUGGUGUUCCUUACUCGUCGAGUUUGAACACUGGCACUCCUGUUAACAACGGAGUGAAAACGCAGCGCAAAUCGAUUUGGGAAAACGACGCGCCUUUGGGCGCCAGUCCCAGCAUGGGAAGCAUUGCUCCCAACAUUUGGAAUGGUGUGAACUCCUCUCUCCCCGCGGUAUCGACCGAGCUACGACCUGACACCAUCCAACAGGCCUACAUUCUAUCUCGCGGAGAGCUCAACUCUGACUUUGUCGAUGUCGAUAAACUGUAUCGCACUAUUGCGACGCUUGUGAAGGAUCCAAACGCUGUGAGCUACAACAGCUAUCUCGGACAGCUUGUAAGUAUGCGCUCGACGCACAAUUGUGAGCUUCUGACCAAUGUCAAUGGCAGUAUCACGCAUGUACGAUUUCCCUUCUCGUACUCCCAGCAGCCGCAGCACCCUCCACCGACGCAACCGAAUAUUUUCGACGCGGCACCAAAUGUUGGCACAGCACAGAGCUCCUUUAACAGUACGGCCUAUCCAAACGGACUCUUCGACGAUCUUUACAAUGGCAACAGCAGCGCCAUGCCCGCAUCAAACCCUCCGGUGGUUCCAGGCGUGAAUGCUUCUAAUUACAAUUACGGCCAGAAUUUCGGGCAAGCCCGAACAAGUAACAUCUGGGGAUAA